UCACAUAAAUUAGUGCGCGCGCAUUAGUGGCUUCUCUUGAACCUUCUCCCUAACACUCCAUCUUUUGAUAUAGCUACAAUGGACGACAUCGACGAGAAGAAAACCAGCCUCUACGUGGGAAACUUAGAUCGUCGCUGCACCGAACAGUUUGUUAAAGACAUUUUCUCUAAAUGUGGAAAGGUCGUUAGAUGCAAGAUGAUUAACGCGAGUUCACAAACAGACCCAUACUGUUUUGUGGAAUUUGAAACAAGGACAGAUGCAGAGAAAGCCCUUUUCGCUAUGAACAGUAGGACUGUUUAUGACAAGAAUAUUAAGGUGAACUGGGCGACUAAUAACACUGGAAGCAUGAGGAAAGACACAAGUAAUCAUUAUCACAUAUUUGUGGGUGACCUUGACCCAGAGAUUGAGAAUGAUGGUCUUUAUAAAGCUUUCUCCGCUUUUGGAGUAGUAUCGGAUUGUCGUGUUGUAAAAGAUACUGCAUCGGGAAAGUCCAAGGGAUAUGGUUUUGUGUCAUUUGUAAAAAAGGAGGAUGCCGAGAAAGCCAUGAGGGAAAUGAAAGGUCAGCAGUUAAGAGGCAGAAACAUACGGACUAACUGGGCUGCUAGGAAAGCAACUGUACCAGUAACAAAGCAACUGUCACUGGAUGAAAUAUCACGCCAAGCCUCUCCGUAUAACUCCACUGUGUACGUCGGGAAUCUUCCACCGGGCUGCACUGAUGACACACUUCGUCAGAACUUCUCACACUUUGGACAGAUCUAUGACAUCAAAAUAUUUCCAGAGAAAUUUUAUGGAUUUAUCAAAUUUUACACACACGAGCAAGCGUUAGAUGCCAUUUACAAAUCACAGAGAACUGUACUAGGAGAUAAUUUAUUGAAAUGUUCUUGGGGGAAGGAACAGACAGAUGUAAACAACGCUCAAUCAGCAAUGCAGCAAUGGCAGCAGUAUUAUCAACAGUAUUACCAGCAAGUUUACAGUCAGCAGCCCAUGCAGCAGCAGUCUCCGGCUCAGGGAGGGUAUGUUCAGUACCCAGCAGCAGCAGCAGCGGCAGCAGCAGCUCAGUAUGUCUAUUAUCCACAGCAGACCUAUGGAACUCAACCAAUGCAAGUUGUUCAAGCAGCAAUGCCCGGAUAUCCUGCUCAAAUGUCCCCAGCGUCUUCUGCUGGUCAGCAGCCUCCCAACCAGAAUCAGCAGAUGAUGGGCAUGAUUGGGCCUCAUCACCAAGGAGCUCCCUCCCCUGCCAAUCCAACUUCUUACGUUAUGCAGCAGGCUGCAGGCUAUCCAACACAGUAGUGAUACCACAGGAAACCACUGUCUAAGAGCAAAGAAAUCAUUUACCAUAGAAACCGUCGACAGAGUUGACUAUAGACAAAUCCUCUCCACAGAAGAGGAACAAUUUAAUGGGAGAAAAUAUGCAAAAAAAAUUUUUGAAUAUAAAUUUCUCUCGUCUCGCGUCAGAUGAAAACAAACAAAUAAAAAUAUCCAAGCUAUAAAAAACGUGAAUCCUUGUUUAGCAUUGAACCCUUUUGUGUUGAAAAAGUAGGGCAACAGUGCGUAGAGCAUUUUAACUAUUAAGCUGAUAACCAUACAUGUAUACUUUGUACAGUUUAAAAAGUAUAUUUUGUAUUUAUUGCGUUCCCUUUGUUCGAUUUGAAUUCUACCCCGACGCCUUUUAAAACGUAUAAACAAUAUUUUUUCAUGUCAUGGAAGCGAUAUCACGUGCGAUUUGGCGGCUCUUUGUAGAAUUCAACCCCGCAAUACUUGAAGCUGAACUUUUUCAACGUACAAAAGGUGUUCAGGGCUAAGCUUAGCUGCAUAAGUAGCAGUAACCGUGUUCCUUGUCACAAAGCUGUGUACAUUUGGCGAAUGUGGAUCUCUCUCUCUCUCUCGCUGGUCGUGCUUUUUGUAGUGUAACAGUUUAGUAUUUGUAGUCAUGUUGAAAGAACAGAAACCUGUUGGAGAAAAUGUAAAAGUAUGAAUGUGGGGAUAUGUGCGCUGCUGCCUCCCGCGACCAGGAAAAGAAGAAAUAAAAGAGACCUUUUACAAAGUUGUGCAUAUUUGAAUUACAAAUUACAUCCAAAACCUUCCAAGAGUUCGUUUACAAGAGUGCGUUCAAUGAGGAGGGUAUUGUUGUGCAACUGUCCUGUUUGACUGUGACAUAUGCCACCUUUUCAGACGUGCUUCAGGAGAGGUAUGACCUUACAUAAGGAAAAACCUUUGAUGAAUCCCAGUCUAGAGGUACAUCCUCAGGAGAGGAGAACUCAAAUUGAAGAUAGUACAUUGCAUUUACUAUGAACAAUGUUAUAAUUAGCCAAACUACACAAAAGCUCUACUUUCAACUCAGUUUAUCAUGUUUUAUAGAGUAGUAAAGUGAUGACAUCAUAAAAUAAAACUUUGAGAAUUUUCGAAA